CAACGGGGAGACUGUUACAAGGGCCCGAGGUGGCAGGCCCUGGACCAGAGGGGCUGCGAUGGAGGUAGUGAGGGACUUGGGCUCCAGGCAGGUCUUAAAGGUAGGGCCUCAAGGAAUCUCUGAGGGAACCAGGCAAGCCCUGUGGUGUGGACUUUCAGAAAACAGGUUCUCACAGACUUGGAAGGACUCAGGAGGUCAGCUUUUUUUGCUUAACCUCUGGGGAAACUGAGGACCGGUGAAGGAAGUCACUGCCCAAAGUCACAAUGCAAGCUGGUUAGUGGCAGAGCCAAGACUCAGGCUUCCAGCCCCAAGCCCAGUGUUUUUGUAGCUGAACUGAUGGACAGCUCUGGGCGGGGGACGUGCAGGGGUUUGAGGGCUCAGGGAAGGACUGGCUGCGAACCCUGCUGCUGAGUGUGGGGUCCUGGCAGACUGCACCGGCGGGCAGGAAUUCAGGGCUCUGAAAGCUGAGAGUUCUGGGUGCUCUGGGCCUUGAACAGCUCUCUCUGGGAUGGUGUUUUGACUCGGUCGGACAGAGGUCUGAGUUGGUUGGCCAUGUCUGAGCUCUGGGGCAGAUCAGUUGGUGCUCCCGUGCAUUUUAUUAACACUUUAUUGAGCUUCUUCCAAGUGCCAGGCCAGAGAUAAGAUGUGCUUGCUCUCGAGGAGCCAACAGUUCAGGGGAGACAGACAGGUGAACCCACAUGCUCCUGGGACAGUGGCAAGCUGUCCACACUGGGGGGAUUUCUAUCCACGGUCAGGCCGGGCACUGAGCAGAUUCUUCAAUCUCCAGACACCCCAGAGAACACAAGCCAGAGGCCGUCGGUACACCAAGGGGGUCAGGCUAAAUCCACAGUCCAUCUCUUGUAACAGAGGGGGCAACGAGGGUCGGUGGGGGCUGGGAUCUCAAUGCCCUACAGCUGUGUCACCUAGAACAGGUUUCACUUAAACUGUGACGACCCAGUGGCACCCUGAACUUGAUUAUACUCCCUGGGAGGCAACCUUGAAUUUCAUCGCUGGGACUUCCUGUGUGCCUCUCUGUGAAUAGGGCUGGUGACUUAUUUUUAGCUUGCGAGCCUGCUCUAAUGAUGAACUCUAAGUCACUUGUGACCUUCGCGAUGCAGAACAAGGCCUGUGAAGUUCCUGGCUCUGCACAGGGGGGUCUGGGCGUUGUCUUUAGACUCCCCAGCAUGAAGGUAAAGACAGAUUUUGCUUUGGCUCUCUUUGGUGAAGUUGAAACUAUAGGCCAAAGGAGGGAAACCCAGUUUGAUUUUUCUUUCGGCCUUUUAACUUGACCUGUCCCCAUCACAAUAAAUGUACCAUCGAGGAAUGACAGCUUGGAAAUUGCUUCCAUUGAUUGAUUUUCAGCUGUCUCCAGAAACGGUUCUCAUUGCCCAGUGCUCUGGUUAGUGCCCUGUGACCACGGGUAACAAGAGUGUGGUGCCUGGAAGUGGGAGAUCCGGCCACGUGCUGAAGAGAGGCGUGAGCCCCAGUGGGCUGGGUGUCCAGCCAGUCUCUGUCCUUCUGUUGGCGUCAUCCUCAGAGGCCAGAGGAGGUGCGAGGACAGCAAGGAAACCAGGCACAAGCUGUUGAGUCCCUUCCUUCCCUACUGUGGGCUGCCGCCUGUCUCUGGGCCUGUCUGCCCUGGGCUGACAUGGCUUGACAGGGGAUUUCAUUCCUGCGGUGCUUCUCACGUGUAGACCCCUUGUCUAGGACAACUGAGUUGGGUGCUGUGCCCACAGAUCGGUAGUGGGUUUCAGGAUUCACGCCUCCCCUCUGGGCCCAGUCUCCCUGAGAAAAGGGGAUUUGUCGGCUUGUUCUCAUCGAGCAGCGUUCUGGGAGGUGGGUUCCCAGAUGGGAGGCAUGGCCUUAGGUUGGGCCGUCAUUUAUCUCACGUGUAUUAAAUACCUUCUGUGUGCCUGAGCUGUGCUAUGUGCCAGAGGUAAAAAUAAAUCCAAGUUGUGCUUUGACGGGGGAGAACCAUGCCUCUCCUCUUCCCUCUAGAUGAACUUUGCCCUUCUAGGCCAUGCACUUUGAGUACUAAAGCCAUCAACUCGUGCUGUUUCCUGUGCCUUUCCCCCUUCUCCGUCUGGUAAACUCCUGUGCAUCCUUCAAAGCCCAACCAAAAUGCCCCCUUUUCAAGUUACAGAUACUCUUGGGAAAUAUGGUGCACUCACUCCCUGGUGCUUUGCUGUGAAUGAAUUUAUUAAGUGGAACCAAGUGGGCGAGGAUGAGAUAAGACGGCAUCUCAGCAGGAGGGACAUCUCUUACAGCAUGAGUUGCCCCAGGGCCAGCCCAUCCCAUGACCCGUGCUGUACUCCUGCCACAAGGGGAUAUCUGAGGUCAGGGACGCGUUUUCUUCGACCACUAAAGCACCUCACAAAGAUGGCCUAGGUUUGAAAGGACUGACGGGAGGAAAGAAAGCAAAUGAGAAAGCCAGUGUAGAGCAUCUCACAUGGUGCCCGGCACUUAGUAGGUGCUUAAUACACACAAGUUCCUUGCCUAACACAAACAAGCAGAGUUGACUAUAGAUCCCAGGGCUUACAGCUGCCUAGGGACCGGUGGCUGUGCCCCUAGUUGGCAGCGCUCUCUGAUCCAGAUCUGUGUGGGGCUCGGAGCACAUGAGCGAAUGGCUCCUUCUGUCUGUGAGGUCAGGAAAGGCUCCUGGGGCUGGGGACCCUUGGAGCUGUGGAGGCAGAGUGUGAAGGAGGGUGUUUAAGGAUGCACCUGCCCCAGAUGAGACGGCCUGAGUCCCCUCUUUUACACAAGAAUGGCCCAUGCUGUGCCAGCUCCUAAGCUCUGUGUAUGACACAGGAAGCUGGGGACAGGCCUGGCUGGAGACGUGAACAGCCAGCGGAAUGCCACAGUGUGGCCACCAAGCCUGCCCAGCCUGCCCCCGCCCUAGGCAGGAGGGACUCCCCCUGCUCUGUCUCCCCGAGCAUGCUGGGCUUGUACGCUUCUGGUUUUGUACUGCUUGGUGAUUUUUUAGCAAGCAGCUGGACCGAAAUAUAAUUUAUGGAGCACACAGUUCCCCCAUUUAAAGUGUACACUUCAAUGGUAUUUCAUGUAUUCGCAGACUUACGCAACCAUCAGAGGUUUUUGGAACAUUGUUAUCACUCCGAAAAGAAACCCGUACUCCUUUGCUGUCACUCCCCUUCCCCCACCCCCUGGCAGCCACUAAUCUGCUUUCUGUCCCUAUGGAUUUGCCUGUUCGGGACAUUUCGUGUAAUGGGAUCGUACACUGUUUGGCCUUGAGUGACCGGCUUCUUUCACUCAGCAUCAUCUUUCAGGAUUUAUCCGUGCUUCGCUUCUAUUUUUGGCUGUUACAAAUAACGCUGCUGUGAACAUUCAUGUACAAGCGUUUGUGUGGACUUCUGUUUCAUUCCUCCUGAAUACGUACUGGGGAGCGGAAUUGCUGGGUCAUAUGCUAACUCAAUCUUUAACAUUUUGAGGAGCUGCAGGCUUUUCCAAAGCAGCUGUCCCAUUUUACAGUGCACAUUAAAAAAAACCUUUCUUAACGUUUAUUUUUGAGAGAGAGAGAGAGAGAACGAGAACAAGUGGGGGAGGGGCAGAGAGGGAGACACAGAAUCCAAGCAGGCUCCAGGCACUGAGCUGUCAGCACAGAGCCCGACGCGGGGCUCGAACUCCCCCACCUCGAGAUCAAGACCUGAGCCGAAGUUGGACACUUAACUGACUGAGCCACCCAGGCCCCACCCCCACAUUUAAAAAAAUACUGACAGACAUGGAGAGUUGGGCCAGAAUGGGUGAGGGCUCCUACUGGGAAGGAGGGAGAGGGUAGGUCUCCCAGGGGCUAAAGAUCCAUACUGGGUGGAGGUGUCAGGGACCAGCCCAGAGGCCCUGUCAGAGAACGCCCCACCCAGGCCACAGAUACAGCCACAAGGAUGCUGAGUGAGUCUCCUCAAUCCCAUUUGCUCAAAGGCUCUGCUCCUGAGAUCUGUGAUGGGGCCCAGCCCUUCUUAGUCUGACUCCAUCUCACCACCCUUGACCCUGCCCUCCUACCACUGCCAUUCCCCAGUCAGACCAUGCACUUUGAGUACUAAAUCAUUGGCUCAUGAUACUCCCUGUGCCUUUCCCCCUUCUCUCCUGGUGAACUCCUAUGCAUCCUUCAAAGCCCAACCAAAAUGCCCCCUCUUCUAUGAAAUCUUCCCCAUCAGGCUAUCAGCUGGUGCCUUCUCUCUAUUCCAGCUGCACUCUGUUCCUUCCUCUAUUAAUACAUCAGGUGCUCAAAUGAGUGCCUGUCCCCUAUCCCAGAAGGUGACUUAUUCCAGGAUGCUGAAACUAAGGACCAGGAAAAGCCCACCGGUUCCCCUAAGGUGCCUGCUCUUCUUCCCUGCCCAGCCAGGCUGUCUCCGAACUGUCCUCCCUACCAGGAGGUGGAAAGUGGCUGGGUAAGCUGGAGACCGUGCACAUACUUCCACUGUGAGCUGAGCGCCUGUGUCCAGGUGGGAGGGGGCGAGGCGGGAGGGCGUGUCCCUGCAACCUUGGUGCAUGGGUGACCUGCUUUUUUGUGAGCGCGUGUCCGGGAACCUGCAGAGCCCUCCUGCCCGCUCCCUUUGAGUCUCCGUUCUGUCUCUGAGCUGAUUAACACGCUGACGUCCAUCAGGAGAUCACGUCACUUUUGGUCUCCCUGUAGCCCCGCAGCUGAGAUGUAUUGUUCCGUACUCGUCCACCGCACCACUACAGAGGGCCGUGGCCGGCAGGGAAAGAGGGAUUAUGUUGUUCCCAUCUGGCUUCAGCUGCCUUGCCGGCCCAUCCAGCUGUUCCCUGUUACCCACUGCCAAGCAGCAGAUGGGGAGGGUGAGGUCAGCCUGGGAGCUGGGGACCUGCCCAUCAUCUUCACGUGAAUGUCUUCAAGGCUAUUUCUGGCUUCACCAUUAUCCCAAAGGCUUCGGGGGAUAAAUAUAGACACGGAUUGAAAAGCCCCAGUGGCAGGCAAGCAGGCAGGCAGUACUGGAGAGUGUGCGGACGGGGUACUUGGCUAUAAAUAAGUCUGCUAGAACACCCCCCCAGCCAUGCCGCCACCAGCCGUGUGUGGAAAGACAGAUUUCCUUGCCGACUCCGUCCCAAAGCCCACGUGUGCCUGGGGGCCCCGGGGGGCAGAGGAGGGAGAGGGGAGGAUGCAGGUGUGUCGGGACCUCGUGCAGAUGGGCUGGUUGCUGGGAGUCGCUCCCCCGUAGCGCUCCUUAGAGUAGCUUGCAAAGGGGAAUGGCCAGUGGCCCCCGCGGGAGUCCUAGGGACAGCUACGCGGAGGGACAGGAUGUUGUGCUAAGAACCGUGGUCUGGUUCAGCUCCUCUCCUCAGCUCAGUCUCCCCACGGCCUGGCUCCUGUUGCAGGGCUGCCCGCAGACAAGGGCUGGGCCUUAGGUGGUUCUGGGACCCCAGGCGGCAACGUGGCUUUCUCAAGCCUCAUGCCUGUCUCCUCUUCUGCUUCCUCCCUGCCUGGAUCCACCCUCCUGACAAGAGCACAGCUUUGUUUAUCUUCUGCUUCCCCUGUCCUCACCGCUCAGUCGAGGGAGUGACCCUUGUUUAGGCUGGCGUUGCAGGGGAGGGGUCCAGUCGCUCCCUGGACCUUUCCCUUCCUCUCUCUUGUCUUCCUUCCUGCCCAUUUCCCCACUGCCUCCUCCUGGGCGGGAGCAGGUAGCUGGGGCUGGCGUAGAGUGAGGAACAGGACGCGUGCCCGAGAGCUACUUCUCAUGGACGAGGAGAGUAGUCGGGGUCCUUGGUGAAUUUUGUCAUGGUUAUUUAAGGAACCUCGCCUAGAAGUCCCAACACGCAGUUCCCCAUCGACGGGAAGGCUUGGACUCCAAGAUGAUUAUAAAGGAAUAUCGGAUUCCUCUGCCCAUGACCGUGGAGGAGUACCGCAUCGCCCAGCUAUACAUGAUACAGAAGAAGAGCCGUAAUGAGACGUAUGGCCAAGGUAGCGGAGUGGAGAUCUUGGAGAACCGGCCAUACACGGAUGGCCCCGGCGGCUCUGGACAGUACACGCACAAGGUGUACCAUGUGGGCAUGCACAUCCCCAGCUGGUUCCGCUCCAUCCUGCCCAAAGCGGCCCUGAGGGUGGUGGAGGAGUCCUGGAAUGCCUACCCCUACACCCGAACCAGGUUCACGUGCCCCUUUGUGGAGAAAUUCUCCAUCGACAUCGAAACCUUUUAUAAAACCGAUGCUGGAGAAAACCCUAAUGUGUUCAGCCUGUCUCCUGUGGAGAAGAGCCAGCUGACAAUCGACUUCAUCGACAUUGUCAAGGACCCCGUACCCCCCAGUGAGUAUAAGACAGAAGAGGACCCCAAGCUAUUCCACUCGAUCAAGACACAGCGGGGGCCGCUGUCUGACAACUGGAUCGAAGAGUACAAGCAGCAAGUUUUCCCCAUCAUGUGCGCCUACAAGCUCUGUAAGGUCGAGUUCCGCUACUGGGGCAUGCAGUCCAAGAUCGAGAGGUUCAUCCACGACACGGGCCUGCGGAAGGUGAUGGUCAGGGCCCACCGGCAGGCCUGGUGCUGGCAGGACGAAUGGUACGGGCUCAACAUGGAGAACAUCCGGGAGCUGGAGAAAGAGGCACAGCUCAUGCUGUCCCGCAAGAUGGCCCGGUUCAAUGAGGAUGACGAGGAGGCUGUGCAGCUGGCCAAGGACGAAGCCAUCCAGGUCCAGGUCGCUGGGGAGCCCGCCCAGCCCAGCAGCAGCAGCAGCAGCAGCGGGGAGCCCCUGGCGGGCCGGGGUCUCAAAAAGCAGUGGUCCACAUCCUCCAAGUCUUCGAGGUCGUCCAAGCGGGGAGGGGAACUGAAGGGGCUCGCUCCCGGAAAGACCCAGGUCAAAGGCACAGGAGCAGACCCAGCCAGCCCUUCCCGCCACAGCAUCUCCGAGUGGAGGAUGCAGAGCAUCGCCCGGGACUCGGACGAAGGCUCGGAAGAUGAGUACUUCGAUGCUCAUGAGGACCUGUCCGAUUCAGAGGAAAUAUUCCCCAAGGACAUCACCAAAUGGAACUCCAAUGACCUCAUGGACAAAAUUGAAAGCCCUGAGCCAGAGGACACACAGGACGGUCUGUACCGCCAGAGUGCUCCCGAGUUCAGGGUGGCCUCCAGUGUGGAGCAGCUGAACAUCAUCGAGGACGAGGUCAGCCCACCCCUGGCUGCGCCAGCCUCCAAGAUCCACGUGCUGCUCCUGCUGCUGCAUGGAGGCACCAUCCUGGACACGGGUGCCGGGGACCCCAGCUCCAAGCAGGGCGACGCCAACACCAUCGCCACCGUGUUCGACACCGUCAUGCGUGUGCACUACCCCAGCGCCCUGGGCCAUCUCGCCAUCCGCCUGGUGCCCUGCCCGCCCAUCUGCUCUGAUGCCUUUGCCCUCGUCUCCAACCUUAGCCCCUACAGCCACGAUGAAGGCUGUCUGUCCAGCAGCCAGGACCACAUCCCCCUGGCCGCCCUGCCCCUGCUGGCCACCUCCUCACCCCAGUACCAGGAGGCGAUUGCCACGGUGAUUCAGCGGGCCAACCUUGCCUACGGGGACUUCAUCAAGUCCCAGGAGGGCAUGACCUUCAACGGGCAGAUCUGCCUGAUUGGGGACUGCGUCGGGGGCAUCCUGGCCUUCGAUGCCUUAUGCUACAGCAAUCAGCCAGUGUCUGAGAGUCAGAGCAGCAGCCGCCGGGGCAGCGUGGCCAGCAUGCAGGACACUGACCUGCUGUCCCCGGGCACCCUGGUCAAUGCGGCACAUGGCGGCAGUGGCAGCGGUGGCCUGGAGAGCAGCCGGCACCUGAGCCGCAGCAACAUUGAUAUCCCCCGAAGCAAUGGUGUCGAAGACCCCAAAAGACAGUUGCCCCGAAAGAGGAGUGACUCGUCCACCUAUGAGCUGGACACCAUCCAGCAGCACCAGGCCUUCCUGUCCAGCCUCCACGCCAGCGUGCUGAGGAACGAGCCCAGCUCCCGCCACUCGAGCAGCUCCACCAUGCUGGACGGCACAGGGGCUGCGGGGAAGUUUGACUUUGAGAUCGCAGACCUCUUCCUGUUCGGGUGCCCGCUGGGGCUGGUCCUGGCCUUGAGGAAGACUGUCAUCCCUGCCCUGGAUGUUUUCCAGCUGCGGCCAGCCUGCCAGCAAGUCUAUAACCUCUUCCACCCCGCGGACCCGUCGGCCUCCCGCCUGGAGCCGCUGCUGGAGCGGAGGUUCCACGCCCUGCCGCCUUUCAGCAUCCCCCGCUACCAGCGCUACCCGCUGGGGGACGGCUGCUCCACGCUGCUGGUUGAGACAGUGCAGAGAAACCCCGAGCUGGUCCUAGAGGGUGGGCCCCUGGCCCCUCUCCCCCCAGGAGACGGCUUCCUGGAAACCAGUAUCCCCGUUCCCGCGCUCACCUGCCAAGACGGGCCCCGCCCGAGCCCGGACUGUGCUGAGUCGGACGCACUCCAGACCCACAGCACAGUCUUUCAAGAGCACGCAGCCCCCUCCUCGCCCGGCACAGCCCCCGCCACCCGCGGCUUCCGCCGAGCCAGUGAGAUCAGCAUUGCCAGCCAGGUGUCGGGCAUGGCCGAGAGCUACACAGCAUCCAGCAUUGCCCAGAAGGCCCCAGGGUCGCUCAGCCAUACCCCCAGCGUCAGGCGCCUGUCUCUGCUCGCCCUGCCCCCCCCACCCCCCUCUACCCUGGGCCCCCACCCACAGGCCCAGCAGGGGAGCCCCAGCCUGGAGUGGGCCCCCCACCUCCCCGACUUGGACAUCAGAGAAGUUGCAGCCAAGUGGUGGGGCCAGAAGCGGAUCGACUACGCCCUGUACUGCCCUGACGCACUGACAGCCUUCCCCACCGUGGCCCUGCCCCACCUCUUCCACGCCAGCUACUGGGAGUCAACGGAUGUAGUCUCCUUCCUGCUGAGACAGGUCAUGAGGCAUGACAAUUCCAGCAUCUUGGAGCUGGACGGCAAAGAGGUUUCCGUGUUCACCCCCUCCAAGCCGAGAGAAAAGUGGCAGCGCAAGAGGACCCACGUGAAGCUGCGGAACGUGACCGCCAACCACCGGAUCAAUGACGCAGUCGCCAACGAGGACAGCCCGCAGGUUCUGACGGGCCGGUUCAUGUAUGGGCCCCUGGACAUGGUCACCCUGACUGGGGAGAAGGUGGAUGUGCACAUCAUGAUGCAGCCGCCCUCGGGCGAGUGGCUGUACCUAGACACGCUGGUGACCAACAGCAGCGGGCGGGUCUCCUACACCAUCCCAGAGACCCACCGCCUGGGUGUGGGUGUCUACCCCAUCAAGAUGGUGGUCAGGGGAGACCACACGUUUGCCGACAGCUACAUCACCGUGCUGCCCAAGGGCACGGAGUUCGUGGUCUUCAGUAUCGAUGGCUCCUUUGCUGCCAGCGUGUCCAUCAUGGGCAGCGACCCAAAAGUGCGGGCCGGGGCCGUGGACGUGGUGCGGCACUGGCAGGACCUGGGCUACCUCAUCAUCUACGUGACUGGCCGGCCUGACAUGCAGAAGCAGCGGGUGGUGGCGUGGCUGGCCCAGCACAACUUCCCCCACGGCGUGGUGUCCUUCUGUGACGGCCUGGUGCACGACCCGCUGAGGCACAAGGCCAACUUCCUGAAGCUGCUCAUCUCCGAGCUGCACCUGCGCGUGCACGCGGCCUACGGCUCCGCCAAGGACGUGGCGGUCUACAGCUCCAUCAGCCUGUCCCCCAUGCAGAUCUAUAUCGUCGGCCGGCCCACCAAGAAGCUGCAGCAGCAGUGCCAGUUCAUCACGGACGGCUACGCGGCGCACCUCGCCCAGCUCAAGUACAACCACCGGGCGCGGCCAGCCCGCAAUGCGGCCACCCGCAUGGCACUGCGAAAAGGCAGCUUUGGCCUGCCUGGCCAGGGUGACUUCCUGCGCUCCCGGAACCACCUGCUCCGCACCAUCUCGGCCCAGCCCAGCGGGCCCGGCCACCGGCAGGAGCGGACACAGAACCAGGCGGACGUCGAGCAGCGGGGACAACGCAGCAUGAGCGUAGCGGCCGGCUGUUGGGGCCGCACCAUGGCCGGCCGGCUUGAGCCAGGGGCAGCCGCGGGGCCCAAGUAGGACACCGUUAGCGAGGCCUUGUGGUCUCCGUGGUGCUAGGCCAGGGCGGCCAGCCCCGCCAGGAGGCCUGGCCUGGGCACACAAUGUCAGCUGGAGACAAGCUUGUCCCAGGGCCUGGCGGAGGACAUAGGCCGUGCCACACAGCCCUCCCAGCCCUGCCUCAUGUCCUAGGGUCUGAGGGGUUCCAGCUUGCAGGAAAACCUGUCCCAGGAUGACAGAGGGACCAGGACUCCCCACGUGGACUGGCCCGAAAGGCACUCCCAGACACUUGCCCUGCAUUGACCUCCCAGCAUCCUGGGCCCAGGCCCCGCCUGCCACCUCCCAUCCACUAGCUCACCCUGACCCCCAGGUCCCCUCCCACUUGGUAGCAACUCCGAUGGGGGGACAGCCUGCUUCUUGUUAACUCUAGUUACUCAACUGUUCAACCUCACUGGUCUUGCACUGAUUUUUGAGAGUGGAGAUCCAUUACCGUCUCCUGUGGCUACAGACUCGUGGACAUGCAUGAAAAUCCAACGUUUGCUCAUCUGGGACCUAUUGCCACACAGAAGGCUCCAGGGUGGCAAAUCCUUGUGCAAGCAGGAAGAGAAAGGCCAUAUCUUAAUUUCUGCAGCUCCGCCUGGCCCGCCAACGCUGUGGCAGCCCCGGAUCCCUACCCAUCUGUCCACCUGCCCCACCUGGAACCCAGUCUGGCAGUGAGGCUGGUGAGGCCCAGAGCCGGCUCCCGAGAAGCCACGCCUCGGGCUCCUGGGCCUGGCCAGGCCCGGCCUCCUCUUCCACUCCUCGCCUGCCAUCAGUCAAGGCCACGUGCCUUGGCUCUCCUGCGUUUCUACACCUUUCUACUUAUCCAAUCUGAUUUCUAUGAGGUUUUUUUAAAUGAGCAAUCCUUGGCUGCUUCCUUUUCUUAACUCUUUCAGUACCAAGCGCAGCCCCUCCACAUGAAAACACCCAGCACUGUGAUGGAGUCCAGCCUGGUUCUGGGUCCCGGGGCCCUGCCCCCUGCCCACGCAGUGAGGUGUGGGGUCCCUGCCUCACCUGACCCCCAUUAAUUCCACUGAAUUUCUACUCUGGGGUGAAUGGGCACACACAAGUUUUUUUAAUGCCAAUUCCGUUUUGAUGCCGAAUCUAAGAAGCCACAAUUUGCUUCGUCAGCUUAAGGGCGGGCAGCCACGACUUCAUUCCCCACCUGUCAAGGACCAUGAUGUCCUGCACGCUGGGUCUGAGCAUCAGCCCUCCCUCCCCAGAACCGACCACGAUCUCAGCUAUGGCGCUCGGCUCCGGGCGGCCCUUCGACUGCUCCUCUACCUUCUUCUACAAGGCGGGGGAGCCUGCCUGGCCAGGCUCCCACUCUGAGAAGCUGCUGCCAACCUGGAUACGGCCUCAGGGCCUCAUAGGCUGGGAUGGGGAGGCACGCAGAUUGAUGUUCACAUUUUCCUGUGUGUAGAUAUGUACAGCCAAAGGGUUGUGUAAAUGUUCUGCAAAAGUGGGUCUAUACAGAGUGAAAGCUAUUUAUUUUGCGCAGAGAAAAAUUUCUGGAGGGAUAGGACCUUCAGGGUUUGUUCAUAUUUAAGAUGUAGCUUUUUGUUUUUGUUUCAGGCGUUCUGUAUAAAGCAACGAUUAUUUUAUGGACCAAGUUUUAAUGUAAGUGUUGCAAUGAAAGUGCAAUAUCUGACCCCCACUCUGCUCCCCGGCGGGAAAUCGCUUGGCCCGACAAUCACAGCCCCAGCGAGGGGCCCCUGUGGCCAGUGCCUCCUUCUCUGUCGGUCCCACCUCACCCCAUCUUGCCUACUGCCUCGGUGACCAGCCAUCUGGAGAAGCACCUGGAAGAGCCUUGGGCCCACCUGCAAUACAGGCUGGGAGGCCUCCUGGCCCGGGGAGGCCAUGUGGGCAGUGGGCUCGGCCUCUCCCAGGGGGCAGCUCCCCCAGGCUCCGCACUCCCCGCCUGCCUGCCCAGCCGCCAGCCAUGCCAAGGACAACAGCAAUAGUCCCCUGGGCCUCUCCCAGUGGCCCUUAGCCAUAGAUGGUGAGAUGGGCAGCCCCCCCCUCCCCGUUGACAUCUCUCUUCUAUAUCCAGGUCUGCUUCCUGCCUCCCUUAAGAUUCCUUUUGGCACAUUCUCCUCUUAAGGAAGCACCAGUUUUUCAGAAACUAAGAGAGGGAGGGCAGAGUCCUUUAAAAAUACCAAAAAUGUUUACAGUGUUGGGUGCUGAGCUGCAGGGCUCAGGCCUGACCAGUCGCAACCAAAGGGUGAGGCAGGCCUUGCUGACUGCCACCCCCACCCCAGGCCUGUUAGAGUAGAAGCCUUAGUCCCACUCCCAACCCCACACUGAGCCUCCGCCCACCACCCCAGAUCCAACCGCCUGCCUUCUCUUUGAUUUCUAAAGACGGAUUCAGCAGAGACCCCACCCCCAACUUUCCCAGCUCUUUAUGAGCUGCCCCCCCACCACCCCACUCCCCCCCACCCCACCUCGUUAGUUUUCUCGUCUCGGCCCCUCCUGUCUCUCUGUCUGGGCCAUGUGUGAGCCUUGUCCUGACUCGCCCCAUCCGCCCUUGCUUUCCCUGCACCUUUGGGCCUGAGUGUGCUCUGUAUACAGUGUCGUUGUCUGUUACACCAAUUAAAGAAGCAGGAAGGCUUC